UAUAAAGGCCGCCAGUGACCUGACACAGCAUGCACUUGUGAGCCGCCAACCGUGCAAGCAACACCACACAACAUGAAGCUCCUGAUCGUAUCAGUCUUGGUGGCAGUCACCGCCGCCGCUCCUCAGGGAUACCAGCCUCCCCGGCAAGGAUACAGCCAGCCCUGUGGCCCCGGCCAGGUCAGGAAGGGUGAUGGAUCCUGCGCACAGCCUAUCGUCACUAGGAACCUGUACCUCUACAACGCCCCUCCCCAAAAACUGACUUACGGUCCUCCUCCUUACCUGCCCGACCCCAAGGUGCACUACAACUUCGUGUUCGUGCGCACUCCUGAACAAGGUCUUGGACCCAAACCCAUCAUCGCACCUCCCCCACAGCAGAAGACUCUCGUGUAUCUUCUCAGCAAGCGCCCAGACGCUCAGGCCCAACAGGUCAUCGAAGUCCCAGCCAACCCCACCCAACCCGAGGUCUACUUCGUCAACUACAACGAGGGAGAGAACGCCAAGCUACCAGGAGGCAUCGACCUGCAUACCGCCCUCAGCCAGUCCGCUCAGCAGGGACAGAUCAUCGACGGUGGUCAUGGAGGUGGUCUUGGUGGCGGUCUUGGAGGUGGUCUUGGAGGCGGUCUUGGUGGCGGUCUUGGUGGCGGUCUUGGUGGUGGAUACGGCGGUGGUUCAAUCGGUGGUGGUUCAAUCGGUGGUGGAUUUGGUGGCUCCGACGAAGUGUUCGUCUCAGGAGGUUCCAUCGGUGGCGGCAGCCUUGGCGGCAACCUUGGCGGCGGCUACAAUUAAUUUCUUCGACGACAUCCGAAAAAUGCGAAGUGAAAAUUCUCGUCGAAAUAAUGAAACUCCAAUUCUAGAACGUUGCACUCGUUAUUAACAUCUUUACUAAAGAGAUCUUGUAUGUAUAGAUCACAAUCGACACAUUCAUCUAGCACUGAUGAAGUCCUAGUGAAUCGACAUCUCAUUAUUUAUAAUCUCUUCAUUUCUACAAAUAUACGAUAACAAUAACAGA